AUGGGUCUCGUCACUCUGAAAAACCUCCUGUUCGGGCGCACACAGGCUCCCGCCCGCAGACCGGUCAACGAGCGCGCAGAGAGCACAUGCUCUGACGAUACCAUCGCCGAGGGGGAUCUUGAGAGACAGCCUCUGCUGGGUGCCAGGACAGCAUCGACGGCGACGAUGGCGACAAUCACAUCUACAAACUCCACAGCCUCCGAGAGCGACUCUCGCCGCUUCCGCAUCGAUGCCCGUGUCAUCUCCGAUGCUACUAUUGGUCUGUCUGACGGCUUGACGGUGCCAUUUGCCCUUACAGCUGGUCUGUCUGCGCUAGGCCAGACCAAGGUUGUCAUCUUCGGAGGUAUGGCCGAGCUGAUUGCCGGGGCCAUCUCCAUGGGUUUAGGUGGUUAUCUCGGAGCCAAAAGCGAGGCCGCUUCCUACAAGGAAACCCUCAACGAGUGUACCCGCCUGACGCAAGAUGAUCCGAACCUCGCCCGCGCUCAGGUCCGGGAAGUUCUCGAACCCUACGACCUCCCUAAACACACUCUCGAGGAGGUGACGGACCAUCUCUCGACUUCGCCCCGUCUCAUCGACUUCCUAAUGCAGUUCCAUCAUUGCGAACAAGAACCGGCCUCGAACCGCGCCUUCGUCUCGGCGUUGACCAUUGCUGCCGGCUACCUUCUGGGCGGUCUUGUUCCCCUGUUCCCCUACUUCUUCGUUCCCUCCGAGGACGUCUAUCUCGCCCUCUACGUGUCCGUCGCCGUCAUGGCUGUCGCUCUCUUCGCCUUUGGUUACGUCAAAACUUGCAUCGUCUCUGGCUGGCAAGGCUUCCGCGCUGUGCGGCAGGCCGUGGUCGGUGGCCUGGAGAUGGUUGUUGUGGGCGGUGCCGCGGCUGGUGCAGCAAUGGGGCUCGUCAAGGCGUUUGAUCAACUCGCGCAGUCGGAUGAUGUGUCGGCGCUGGCGAGUAGAAUAUUGUGA